AUGGUAUUUUCCACUGUGAGGUUACUGUCUAGAGCUGCAUGGAAGGGACCCAACAUAGUUCCACUGCCAAUAAAGGAAGCCAUGACAAAGGGGACUCCGAUCAGAACCAACGCUAGGAGCGCUACAAUCCUGCCACAGUUUGUUGGCUUGAAAUUUCAAGUACAUAACGGUAAAGAAUACGUGCCGUUCGAAGUCACAGAAGAUAUGGUUGGUAGAAAAUUAGGAGAAUUCGCCUUUACAAGGAAAAGACUGUCUUAUACAAAGAAGUAA